UUGAAGUCACGGACUUCGUUUCCGCGACGGGCCUCUGAAAAGCCCGCGAGUAUUUCCCGCCACCAACACCACAGAAAGUGGAAAACCUCCCACUUCCACCAUAUCACUCAUAUGUAUGAACAAAUGCAAGCCUUCUCACAGUUCGUACCACCAUUUCAUAAAUCUCAGGCACAUACAGUUUUGCUCUGAAACUAAACCCUACUUUCAGCAAUGGCUGAAAAUGUCGAUCUAACCAAUAAGCUCCCUGAGCUCAAAUUAGAUUCUAAGCAAGCACAAGGGUUUCUAUCAUUUUUCAAAACCCUACCUGAUGAUCCAAGGGCUAUACGACUUUUUGAUCGUAGGGACUAUUAUACUGCCCAUGGCGACAAUGCAACUUUCAUUGCAAAGACCUACUACCACACUACGACUGCCAUGCGACAACUGGGCAAUGGAUCAAACGCUCUUUCCAGUGUUACUGUCAGCAGAAACAUGUUUGAAACAAUUGCUCGUGAUCUCCUUUUGGAUAGAACAGAUCAUUCUCUUGAGCUCUACGAAGGUAGUGGUUCUAAUUGGAGACUGGUCAAAACUGGAACGCCUGGUAAUAUUGGUAGUUUUGAAGAUGUUCUGUUUGCUAACAGUGAAAUGCAAGAUUCUCCUGUUAUUGUUGCUUUGUCACUUAACUUCCGUGAAAAUGGUUGCACCAUUGGGUUAGGAUUUGUUGAUCUAACUAAGAGAGUGCUUGGGAUGGCUGAAUUCCUUGACAAUCACUUCACAAAUGUGGAAUCAGCAUUGGUUGCACUCGGCUGCAAAGAGUGUCUUCUGCCCAUAGAGUCUGUCAAAUCUACUGAAUACAGAAUGUUGUGUGAUGUGUUGACUAAAUGUGGUGUGAUGUUAACUGAGAAAAAGAAAUAUGAAUUUAAAGCCAGAGAUCUGGUGCAGGAUCUUGGUAGGCUUGUUAAAGGUCCUAUCGAACCAGUUCGAGAUUUUGUGUCUGGAUUUGAAUAUGCACCUGGUGCUCUGGGGGCAUUACUAUCUUAUGCAGAGUUACUGGCAGAUGAAAGCAAUUAUGAAAACUAUACCCUUCGUAGGUACAAUCUUGACAGCUACAUGAGGUUAGAUUCUGCAGCCAUGAGAGCACUUAAUGUCCUGGAAAGCAAAACUGAUGCAAACAAAAAUUUCAGUUUGUUUGGUCUCAUGAAUAGGACUUGUACUGCUGGAAUGGGAAAACGGUUAUUGCACAUCUGGCUUAAACAGCCAUUAGUAGAUGUGGCAGAAAUUAAUUCUAGAUUGGACAUAGUACAAGCAUUUGUAGAGGACACUGUGCUUCGCCAAGAUCUGAGGCAGCAUCUGAAAAGAAUAUCAGACAUUGAGCGACUGGUGCACAAUCUGCAGAAGCGACGAGCUGGUCUGCAACAUAUUGUUAAACUUUACCAGUCUAGUAUUCGACUACCUUUCAUUAAAAGUGCUUUGGAAAUAUAUGAUGGGCAAUUUUCCUCAGUGAUGAGAAGUAGGUAUUUGGAACCUCUUCAUUUAUGGACUGAUGAUGAGCACCUGAACAAAUUCAUUGGGCUUGUAGAAGCUUCUGUUGACCUUGACCAACUGGAGAACAGGGAAUACAUGAUUUCUCCAAGCUAUGACUCUACACUUGCUAACCUAAAGGAACAGCGAGAAUUACUAGAGAGCCAAAUACAUAACUUGCAUAGACAAACUGCUGAUGAUCUUGAUCUGCCUAUAGAUAAGGCAUUAAAGUUAGACAAAGGCACACAAUUUGGACACGUUUUCAGAAUCACAAAGAAGGAAGAGCCAAAGAUAAGGAAGAAGCUCAAUACCCAGUUUAUUGUACUGGAAACCCGUAAAGAUGGAGUGAAAUUUACCAACACGAAGCUCAAAAAACUAGGGGAUCAGUAUCAACAAAUUCUUGAGGAGUACAAAAAUUGUCAAAAGAAGUUAGUUGAUAAGGUAGUUCAAACAGCGACAACUUUUUCUGAGGUGUUUGAAUCUUUAGCUGAAAUAAUCUCUGAAUUGGAUGUAUUACUGAGCUUUGCUGAUUUAGCUUCUAGUUGCCCGACGCCCUACACAAGGCCUGAUAUCACUCCAUCGGAUGAAGGAGAUAUUAUCUUAGAAGGCUGCAGACACCCUUGCGUGGAAGCCCAAGAUUGGGUGAAUUUUAUACCAAAUGAUUGUAAGCUUGUCAGAGAAAAAACUUGGUUUCAAAUAAUAACGGGGCCUAACAUGGGUGGUAAAUCAACAUUCAUUCGGCAGGUGGGUGUGAAUAUUUUGAUGGCACAAGUUGGUUCAUUUGUUCCUUGUGACAAAGCCAGCAUAUCUGUUCGUGAUUGUAUUUUUGCCCGUGUGGGUGCUGGUGACUGCCAACUACGUGGUGUUUCUACCUUCAUGCAAGAAAUGCUUGAAACUGCAUCAAUAUUAAAAGGAGCAACUGAAAAGUCUUUGAUAAUCAUUGAUGAGUUGGGGCGUGGGACAUCAACCUAUGAUGGAUUUGGUCUAGCUUGGGCCAUUUGUGAGCAUAUUGUUGAAGUUAUCAAAGCACCUACUUUGUUUGCCACCCACUUUCACGAGCUGACUGCUUUAGCCCUUGAAAAUGUAAGCAACGAUCCACAGAAGCAAAUUGUUGGCGUGGCAAACUAUCAUGUUAGUGCGCAUAUUGACUCAUCAACUCGAAAGCUAACUAUGCUAUAUAAGGUUGAACCCGGAGCAUGUGAUCAGAGUUUUGGUAUUCAUGUUGCGGAGUUUGCUAACUUCCCUGAAAGUGUUGUUACCCUAGCUAGAGAAAAGGCGGCAGAAUUAGAAGACUUUUCUCCCCCUGCAGCAUCCCUAACUGAUACUACACAGGAGGUGGGUUCUAAACGUAAGAGAGUUUUUGAAUCCGAUGACGUGUCUCAAGGGACUGCAAGGGCACGGCAAUUUCUCGAAACAUUUGUUGAUUUGCCACUGGUGACCAUGGACAAAAUGCAAGCAUUGCAAGAAGUAAGGAAGUUAACAGAAAAUUUGGAGAAGGACGCCGAAAACUGUAAUUGGCUGAAGCAAUUCUUGUAAAUCGAAAAAAGUGAUAUUCAUUUUGGAAGAAAAAAUAGCGAAAGAAAAUGUGGCUGGAGAUAAAAGCUUUUGAGCAGGUAUGUCUCUUCAUUGUGGCAUAAUAAUAUGUUUUCGUACUUAAUAUGCCAUUGGGGUAAGACGUGGUGGAUACUUAUUUGUCAUAUUCCAUUGAAGUGCUUCUUAUCCAUAUCCAGACUCAAAUCAUUAGUCACUUGUCACUAUUCUUGGUUGUGCAAAGGGACAGGGUAGUGAUUGCGAUUUCU